AUUGUUAAAUGGUUUGUUUCCCUUUCACUUUCUCGGACUCGGUAACACCAAAUUUUCAAAUUAAAAUUUAAUUAUUGGAGAAGAAAAUCACAACCAUACGACCCGACCCGAACCUUCCCCACCCGACCACAGCUUCGUACGUCUUCAAUCUUCAUGCCUUCACUUUCAAAAACAAAAAAAGAAAAAAAAAAGAAAAGAAAAAUAAGAAAACCUCACCCGCAGCCAUUAAAUUCCACCUACCAAUCAAUCAAAACUCGUAUUGAUUUGUGAUUUUAACACACAAAAAAUCGCACCGACGCACCCGAAUGCUCUAGAAGAUUCGGCGCUAUGACGAUCUCGAACGCGGUGGUGGGGAAUUUGACGACGAUUUACCUUGUUGUCAUCGCCGCGAUGAAGGCCUACGGCCUGGCCGUGGGGCGGAGCUUCGGCAGCGGCUACGUCCUCGCCCUCUCCACGGCGGUGGUGGCAGCCAUCGUCAUCGCCAGCCUCACCUGGGACGUCUCGCGGAAGGUCACGCAGGCGCUCAUAGCGCGCGAUCACCCACACGAAAUGUGUCGCGGCGGCAUCUGCUGGCACGGCGUCGCCGUCAAAUCGCCGGCCUCUCAGGUCCGGUUCCGCCUCCCUCACCAUCAUCAUUAUUGAUAAUUCCUCAAUUAUAAAAUUUAUUCAAAUCGGUGUCGAGAAUCUGUUUUGCAGCAGAAUUUUUAGGGAUUGUAAACAUAGGAGUAUAUAAUAUGUGUGUACAUAUAUAUCGGUGGAAAUAUAUAGAUAAAAAAACAUCUUCUCCUC